AUGGGAGCACUUGAAUAAAUCACCAACCUCAGCCUCAGGAAAAAACUACGUUCCAUUUGCAUUAUCCCUUGCUUCAACAACCAUAAAUCCCAUCACCACAACAACAACAACCACCACCACCACAACCACAGCUACGGCUCCACCACCGCCCCUACGACUCCACAAGGGUGCAGCGCCAGCGGCCGGAAUCGAGAUGAUCUAGGCCUCCUACGUCCCUCCGACGCCUCCCUCUCCACCCCGAGAUCAGCGCGCUCCCACCACCACCACGAGUUCUCCGAGCUCAAGGAUAAGUGUCGCAAAGCCAUUGGCCGAAUGGGGCGCAACAGCGGGAGGAGGCACUCCGGGGACUUCAAAUACGACGAGUUGAGUUACGCGCUCAACUUUGAUCACGAGGACUCCAGCAUGGAUGACGAUAGCUUUCCCCUCAGGAACUUCUCGGCGAGGUUGCCGCAUUCUCCCCCGGCUGAGUCUGCCGCCGCUUCUCCGGUGUCGAAGGAGAUAACCGCUUGUAGCUAA